ACAAAUUUACGCGUGCCAAUAAAAGAACAAGCCUUGAGAAGUGGCCUUCAAAUUUAAAACGCCCCCCCAAACUUCCUUCUCUCACUGAACCAAAGGGCUUACAUCAUCGUCCCCAACAAGAGGUGCCCACCAUUUUGGGUCCUGAGCUGAGCUUGAUCCCACAAAAGCAGACAUGGCAGAGAACAAGCCUGCGCAAAUCAAGGACUUGCAGAUUCUGAAAGCAAACAAAGAUGAUGAAAACAAGAAGCACCUGGCGCCCAAGAGGAGCUCCAACAAGGACAGGCACAAAAAGGUGGACGGUAGAGGCCGAAGAAUACGGAUGCCUGCCUUGUGUGCAGCUAGGGUUUUUCAAUUGACCAGAGAAUUGGGUCACAAGUCUGAUGGGGAAACAAUUCAGUGGCUGCUGCAGCAAGCUGAGCCAUCGAUUAUAGCUGCCACUGGCUCUGGAACUGUACCUGCUUCAGCUCUUGCAGCUGCAGGGUCCUCUGUUUCUGAACAGGGGAGCUCUGUUUCCUCUGUUUCUUCUGGGUUGCAUACAAGGAUGGAAGGACUAAUAAGACCAAGUGUUGGGUCUGAAGGCAGUGCCAACUGGGCAUUUCAUAUGGGCAGAUCUAAUGUGGCAAGUGGGGUUUGGCCCUUGCCCUUUCUCAGUGGGGUUAGGUCAGGUUUUGAUCAAAAUUCUGGUCAGGCAACAGUCAAUUUUGGGAGUGAAAACUUGAACAUCAUGCAGCAUAAGUUUGGGUUUCAUGGGUUUGAUGUUCCUGGUAUGAAUUUGGGGUCAAUGGGUUUUCCCACAAUUCUAAGUGGAAGCAACCAGCAAGUUCCAGGUUUAGAGCUUGGCCUCUCACAGGAUGGUCAUAUUGGGGUUGUGAGUUCUCAAGCUUUGACCCAAUUUCACCAGAACAAGGGACAGAGGCCAGGUAGUGUAGCUUCCUUCAAUCAGCAGCAGCAGCAGCAGCCAUCUGAUACGAAUGAAUGAUUUUCAAUGAUCAAAACAGAAGAGAAAAUCAAAAUAGCUCAGAUACUGGCUUUUGCAGGGUUACCCUUCUUUCAGUAUUUUUCAUUUGAUCAGGAUGAAGUAUGAAGAGAAAAAUGGCUUGGAGAUUGGAUUUGCUUUCUAUUUCUGGUUCCUUUUUUGAUGUGUGUGCUAUCAUGUCCCAAUUAGAAUAUGGCUGUUGCUUGCAUCCAACCAAAAAAAUUGUUGAAUGUUUAGCAUAUACUAUAUAGAUUUCAUGCAGUGCAGGUAUGCAAUUUCAUUUAGAUAUGAUCUGGUUCCUGUUUCACUGAGUCUUUAUAUAUAUUUAGCUCAAGAAGAUGCUCUUUUAAAGUUGCUUCUUUCAAACUUGGCAAUGAUUUGCCCUUGGUUAGUUCUUGGAAGUGGUGUGGUGCUUUCCUUUCUUGUUAAACAAUACGUCUUAGUCUUGGAUUUGAUCUUAAUGAAAUAGGAUUAUUGAGCCUUAAUUUAAAGGAUACAUGUGAUGGUGCUCGUGUCGUUUUCGUUAAAUAAAAAAUGUAAAGGAAAAAAAGAAACUAAGGUUGUUCAUAACACUAGUUAAAAAUGAACAAGGACGAUAUAUGUGGCAAUGGGCUUGUAGCUUAAGUAGUUAAGAGGAGUUACACGUGCAUGUACUUGUGGUAAGUGAAUGACCCAUCGUCAUGAAAAAGUAACGGUUGUUGUUCUCCCAAUUGCAGCAGGCCGUCAAUCCAAGCCCAGUCAAAUCAAACAAUGCACCAAAGAAGAUGGCAAAUGAACCCAACCCAUUUCCAACAUUGAGUUUUACCAUUGUUUACCUAUCCCAUCCAGGCACAACCCAACCGAACCCGGUUAUGCACCAGUUUGGGCCAUAACCAAUCAAAAAGUGGCCUUUGUGUUUUCCGUUACAAGCGAGGUCAUGGUGAAGGUGUGAAGCUCAAUCUGUCAACACAGAAAAUGUCCAGAAAGUUUUACAGAUAGGGAUGAGGACGAGACGUUG